AUGACUAUUCCUGUUUCGAAAAUUGAAACCUUACUAGGUGUUUUGACUAUUAAGUUGAAUGAAGAUAAUUUUGUGAAGUGGAACUAUCAGUUGGAGUCUGUUCUUCAAAGAUACGACCUAUACAGUCAUUUUGAUGGCACAUCUGUGUGUCCAUCAAAAUAUGUCAUCACUGAGUCUGAAGGAGUGACCACGGAAUUAACUGAGGAUUAUCGUCACUGGAUUCAAAUUGAUAAAUCUUUGCUUAGUUUGCUUAUUGCAACUCUGUCUGAUGAGGCCAUAGAGUAUGUCAUUGGAUGCAAAUCUGCAAGGGAUGCAUGGUUAAGCCUCACAGAUCGGUAUGCUUCAGUCUCAAGGGCUCGAGUGAAUCAACUCAAAACUGAGUUGCACACUAUCCACAAGGGUGGUGAUUCUGUGGAGAAGUUUUUACUUCGUCUCAAACACAUUCGAGACCAAUUAUCUGCAGCAGGUUUUAAACUCUCUGAUGAUGACAUCAUUAUUGCAGCCUUGAAUGGUUUACCACAGGAGUAUGAUAUGAUCAAAACCGUGCUAAUUGCCAGAGAAACACCUAUUGCUCUCAAGGAGUUCAGAGCUCAAUUACUGUCAGUUGAGAAAAACAUUGAAUCCUGA